AAAUCAUCUUAACUCCAUAAACCCCAAAAUUCAAUUCACUAUGGAGUCAGAGGCAAACAACUCCUUAGCUUUCUUAGAUGUUUUGGUUAUCCGUAACCCUAAUAACACCUUGAGUCACACUGUGUAUCGGAAGAAAACCCAUACAGACAAAUACCUUCAUGGUGAGUCCCACCACCACCCAACACAGUUAUCUACCGUUGGUAAAUCAUUGUUUCAGAGAGCACGUGGGAUCUGCGAUGAACAACACCUGGGUGCUGAGCUUCAACAUGUUAAGCAAGUACUGCACGACAACAAGCUCCGAGUACCGCGCCCUCGUCGCAGAACCCGCGUGAAACCAGCCACAGUUGAGCGUCUACCUGCUGUUCUUCCAUACAUAAGAGGAGUCACAGACAAGAUUGGCUACAUCUUGAAGCGAGCUUCAAUCAAAACCUACUUCAAGCCGCUGAAGAAGAUUAGUCAAUUCUUACCACCUGUCAAGUGUCACAUACCUCUACAAGAUGCGGGUGUAUACAAGCUUGAAUGUGAUUGUGGUCUCUCUUACAUAGGCCAAACUAAAAGAAGCAUAGGGACCCGCGUAAAAGAACACAUCGCCGAUGUCAAACACCGCCGUUCCAGACAGUCAGCAGUUUGUGAACACACACUAGACAAGGCCCAGCAUUACAUCAGAUUUGAUAAACCACAAGUCCUUGCAAAAGAAAACCGAUUCCUACCUAGGAUGAUUCGCGAGGCUAUUGAAAUUAAAAAACAUCCAAAUUUCAAUAGAGAAGAUGGCUGGGUCAUACCACCUGCUUGGAAUCCCAUCAUAGAAACUAUUAAAUCAAAAUCCAAGCCUACAACUGCUCGACCUAAGGAUACAGUUAGCUCGUUUUGCGUGAAUCGGAUUGUCAAUAAUAAUUAACAAAAUGUAGGGUAGCUGUUUGUAACUAAUAUAUCAAGACGACCAACACCUUAGUCUGCCCGUGACCAUGGAUGCUGUAAAGGAUCCGAAACGUCGGGAUUAAAUAAUAUAAUAUAACCGCGAUAAAAUCCGUAAAAGUAGUUUUAUUUAAAUGUCUAAUAUUCGCGUAAGUGUCAGAAAUCAAUAUGUUAACCAGUACGGACUGCCAAUUGCAAAUAAAAUACGCCGGUUGGAAGAUCUCAAGACGAAGCGCGCAAGAUUCAUAACAUCCUUGAAUUUCUUGAAGAGAUGCAGAGACAACAGCAUCAUUCCUACGUGUGCCAUAAUUUCACCAAGGAAGGACAUACGAGGAAGCGCUAAGAUCUUAAACCAGGCAAGUAAAAAGUUACUACAGCAGUUAAUACAAAAUACACGAUCCGAUUUGCACCGCGUUAAUCAAGACAUUGAGGCGUCAUCCCAUGAAUUAAAGAUAGAUUUAACUACAUUUGAUUUUAAUAAUUGCAUGAAAAUACUAGAUGAGCGCGAAAAAUCUAAAUAUAAUGAAUGCAAAAACAGACAAAUAAUCAAAUUUGAAAAACUAACGUCUAAAUCAAAUGUCCAAAAUAACACACGAAAAGAAAACGGAACGCGCCCGUUACCUGCGAGCCAAUCACGCGCAGUUGUCAAUCUAUCAAAAAAUGUCUUGGAUGAAAAUACGGUUCAAGUGUUAUCGAAAGGCCUAAAUUUUGCUGUAACACCUCGAAAAAUACCGGUAGAAAGCAUUAUAUGCAACGUGGAAGACUGCCUGUUUAAAAAUAAAAUCAAUAAACAUGAUUCGGAGGCGAUACGUCAGGACAUUUCGUCUGUAUUACGUCGCAACAUACUGCCCAAACCGAAUCUAAAUAAAAAUCAAUAUCUAGCGUUAAAAAACCUUCGCGACAGGCCUGAAUUAACAAUUCUACGUGCAGAUAAAGGUAAUGCUACGGUGGUGAUGGAUACGUCAGAUUACAAUGAUAAAAUACAAGACCUUUUAUCGGAUGUAAGUACAUAUAAACAAGUGAAGACCGACCCCACAACAAAAACAUUGAAAUCAACUAGUGAUUUGAUAAAAAAGUACUCCGAAACAUUGAAUCUAGACGUAAAAUACCUAGUUCCUAGCUGCGCAAAACCACCAAAGCUGUAUGGGCUACCGAAGAUACACAAACCUAAUGCUCCACUACGACCAAUAGUCAGCCAAAUCGACUCACCAACCUACAGAUUGGCUCAACAUCUGGCUAAAGUACUUUCACCAUUGAGAGGAAACACAGCAGCAUAUGUAAAGGACUCGUACCAUUUUGUCAGUGAAAUAAAACACCUACAACUAGCUGACAAUGAAACUAUGGUCAGUUUUGAUGUUCAGUCAUUGUUUACAUGCUUACCCGUUGAAGACUGCAUCAAGAUUGUGUCUAAGAAACUAGCAGAGAAUAACAUGCCUACUGAAUAUGCUGAACUGUUAAAACAUUGCCUAACAUCUGGCUAUUUACUGUGGAAUAAUCACUUCUACACGCAAGUGGAUGGUGUAGCAAUGGGCUCCCCAGUAUCUCCCAUUGUUGCUGAUAUCUUCAUGGAGGAUUUUGAGGAGCGAGCCCUGCAAUCUGCACCCGUAACACCCAAAUUCUACAAGCGGUACGUAGAUGAUACUUUCACAAUACUACCAUCUGACAAAGUCACAGCAUUUUUAAAUCAUCUUAACUCCAUAAACCCCAAAAUUCAAUUCACUAUGGAGUCAGAGGCAAACAACUCCUUAGCUUUCUUAGAUGUUUUGGUUAUCCGUAACCCUAAUAACACCUUGAGUCACACUGUGUAUCGGAAGAAAACCCAUACAGACAAAUACCUUCAUGGUGAGUCCCACCACCACCCAACACAGUUAUCUACCGUUGGUAAAUCAUUGUUUCAGAGAGCACGUGGGAUCUGCGAUGAACAACACCUGGGUGCUGAGCUUCAACAUGUUAAGCAAGUACUGCACGACAACAAGCUCCGAGUACCGCGCCCUCGUCGCAGAACCCGCGUGAAACCAGCCACAGUUGAGCGUCUACCUGCUGUUCUUCCAUACAUAAGAGGAGUCACAGACAAGAUUGGCUACAUCUUGAAGCGAGCUUCAAUCAAAACCUACUUCAAGCCGCUGAAGAAGAUUAGUCAAUUCUUACCACCUGUCAAGUGUCACAUACCUCUACAAGAUGCGGGUGUAUACAAGCUUGAAUGUGAUUGUGGUCUCUCUUACAUAGGCCAAACUAAAAGAAGCAUAGGGACCCGCGUAAAAGAACACAUCGCCGAUGUCAAACACCGCCGUUCCAGACAGUCAGCAGUUUGUGAACACACACUAGACAAGGCCCAGCAUUACAUCAGAUUUGAUAAACCACAAGUCCUUGCAAAAGAAAACCGAUUCCUACCUAGGAUGAUUCGCGAGGCUAUUGAAAUUAAAAAACAUCCAAAUUUCAAUAGAGAAGAUGGCUGGGUCAUACCACCUGCUUGGAAUCCCAUCAUAGAAACUAUUAAAUCAAAAUCCAAGCCUACAACUGCUCGACCUAAGGAUACAGUUAGCUCGUUUUGCGUGAAUCGGAUUGUCAAUAAUAAUUAACAAAAUGUAGGGUAGCUGUUUGUAACUAAUAUAUCAAGACGACCAACACCUUAGUCUGCCCGUGACCAUGGAUGCUGUAAAGGAUCCGAAACGUCGGGAUUAAAUAAUAUAAUAUAACCGCGAUAAAAUCCGUAAAA